GCUGAGGUGGGGCAAAACUUUGUUACGCUUUACCGUAGCACACAAACCUUCUCAUGCACGACAUGUUGAUUUCGAUGUUCCAGAAUGGACUUACACGGCCAAGAUCCAUAAACGGAGGGCGCAGGGCGCAGGGCGCAGGGCGUGCCGCGGGGUACUGUCGGUCGGCUGUACCUCGGGUCUCCGAUAUCGGUUUGGUUGAUCUGAUAACAGGUUCUCUCGUUUGAAGACCCGAUGACAUAGUCACCACAAUCAUGAGCGUCCAAAGCAGUACCCAGAUCUUUACCAACGGCCGCCUCUUUCAAGAUGGCAACACCAGUGCAAAUGCACAAUGGCGUUCGAGUAUGGUUGUGCGGGACGGGAAGAUCGCAUUCAUCGGGGAUGAUAAUGCGCCCGAGCUUCAGUCGUUCCAACAAGAGCCUGGUGUCGAGACUAAAGAUCUCCGCGGUCAACACGUCCUACCAAGUUUCAUCGAUGCGCACAUGCAUUUCCUGAUGCUUGGUCAGUCCUUGCACAAGGUGGCACUGGAUGGAUCAAAGGAUCUGCAAGAAAUCCGGUCCAGAAUCUCAAAGUAUGCCAAAGAGAACCCGCACAAGGAGAGAAUUCUGUGUAUGGGAUGGAUGCAUAGUAUGACCGACGGUGAAGCCAAGGCAAGUCUACUCGACGAUCUGGACCCACGGCCCAUCUAUAUUGAUUCCAAGGACUUGCACUCAGUUUGGUGCAACAGUGCUGCUUUGAAAGAGAUGGGCGUUCAAGAUAUGGAGACUCCAGCCGGCGGAAUGAUAGAAAGAGACGAAAAUGGCAAAGCGUCGGGCCUGUUGUCUGAGGCGUGUGUGCUGCUGAUCGUAUGGCCGUACCUUGCGGAAGUUUUGCCGAUGGAAGACAAGACUGCUGCAUUGCAAGCGGCGAUCAAUGCAUACCAUGCCGUUGGAUGUACUGGUUGCAUCGACAUGGCAAUGGAUGAAAAUGCUUGGGAAGCUGUCCUGGCGCUCAGGAAGGCCAAAGGGGGUUCCUUGCCACUACGCAUCGCCGCACAUUGGUGCAUUACACCUGGUGAUGGAGAGGAACACCGUUUGAAGCAGGUCGAACGCGCCAUAGAAUUGAACCGACAGUUCAACAACGACACAGAUCCUGAUCUUCGGGUUGUGGGUAUCAAGAUCAUAUGCGAUGGCGUUAUUGAUGCUUGUACAGCAGCUCUCGCGAAGCCAUACACCAGCAAUGGCCAUUUCGAAGGACCCAUCUGGACACCAGAGAUGCUCGAUCCUGUUGUGAAGAAAGCUGCAGGCGCUGGUCUGCAAUGUGCGUUGCAUGCCAUUGGCGACCAAGCUGUGACUAACGCUGUCAAUGUGCUCGAGAAGCACGGCAAACCUGGGCAGCGUCAUCGCAUCGAACAUCUCGAGCUCACGGCUCCUGAGGACGCGAAGAGGCUCGGACAGCUAGGUAUUACAGCAAGUAUCCAGCCGGUGCACUCCGACCCAGCAAUCCUGCGUGCAUGGCCGAAGUUGCUGGGGCCGGAGCGCGUGAAGCGUGCUUUUGCAUACUCGGAGUUUGCAGACCAUGGUGCUGCACUCGCUAUUGGAUCCGAUUCGCCUACCGCUCCCUAUGCACCUCUGCCAAACCUGUAUGUUGCCACAACACGAAAGUCGGCUAGACAGCCCGAUGCGGGUGACGUACCCGUGAACGGCAAUUUCAAACUGGAGCUGGCGCAGGCUGUCAGCGCUGCAACCAGUGGAGCAGCCUGGUCGUGCUUUGCUGAGAAGAGGCUCGGAAGCUUGGAGGUCGGUAAGAUGGCAGACUUCACUGUUGUUGACACAGAGUGGAGCGGCGAGGAGCUUUUGAAUGCAAAGAUUAGAGAAACAUGGUUCGAGGGGAAGAAGGUGUAUGAAAGUCGCACUGCAGAGUAGAUCUUCUGUAGCGACGACACCUUAUAUACCGACUGUGUCCAUUGGCGAUGCCCCUGCCCUCUUGAACGAACUAGUAAUAUCAGCCUCGAACGCCACCAAACCAGCCUUAACUUGGCGCGUCAAGCCAAGGUGGCUCUGAACGCUCUGUAUAU